UGACUUUUUACCGGAUCGAUGUAAACAAAAAUUUACAGGACGUAAAAUCUCAUCUAUCAUGUCUUUCGUAAAUUGUACAAUCAUUGACAAGGACACAAUUCACUGUCAUAAUGUCACCUUUAAAGCAGAGAAUAUGUUGACAUAUGAAGACAAAGGGUUUUGGAUUUAUUUGGGCAUUUACUGUGCCCUUGUACUGUUUGCAGGACUAAUGUCUGGCUUAACAAUGGGACUUCUAUCAUUAGAUUUGAUGACAUUAAAGAUUAUGAAAGAUGGUGGAUCUCCAAAAGAGAAAAAACAAGCACAAAAAAUACUUCCUUUAGUUGAGAGACACCAUUUAUUACUAGUGACCUUAUUAUUAGCUAAUGCAGCUGCCGUGGAAUCAAUGCCAAUCUUCCUAGACAAAGUGUCCAGUCCUGUUAUAGCAAUCCUUGUGUCUGUUACAGCUGUUUUGAUAUUUGGGGAAGUUGUACCACAAGCUGUUUGUACAAGACAUGGUGUGGCAAUAGGAGCAGCUUUAUCACCAGUAGUAUACCUGUUAAUUGGUAUGUUCUGCAUAAUAUCAUGGCCAUUGUCAAAGUUGUUAGACUGUUUACUUGGAACAGACCAUGGAACAUUUUAUCGACGAGCAGAGUUAAAAGUUCUUGUUGAUUUACAUAGUAGUUCAUCACCAAAUUUAGUAAAUGGUUCAGACGGAGAGGAAAGUUUAACAGUGGAUGAAGUCCUCAUUAUAAAAGGUGCUUUAGAUAUGAAACAUAAGACAGUGAAAGAUGCUAUGCUGCCACUGGAUGAUGUUUACAUGCUGGAUAUUAAUUCUCAAAUGGAUCAUAAGACAAUGAAAAAUAUAGUAGACAUGUCACAUUCUAGACUACCAGUCUAUGAGGAUGAGAGAACUAACAUCAUAUCAGUGUUGAUAGUAAAGACAUUAAUAUGUUUAGAUCCAGAGGAUUGUACUCCCGUCCGAACUCUUCUACAUUCUAAUUCAGUGGGAAGUGUUAUUUAUAUUGAUGAUGACAUGCCUCUAUAUGAUCUGCUCAACUUAUUUCAGACAGGAAAAGGGCAUUUAGCAAUUGUGAAGAAAAGAGCAAGUAAUAAACACUUAAAUGAAGGUGAUGACACCUGUAUACUUGAUGAAAUUAACACAGAGGUCAAUGAAUAUUCAGAUAUUCCUGAGGGCACAGUAAUUGGCAUUAUAACUUUAGAAGAUGUGAUUGAAGAGCUCAUCCAAGAGGAGAUAAUAGAUGAAACUGAUAUUUAUGUUGACAUUCAUAAAAGAAUACAAGUAGCAAGGGCACAGAGAGCAAGGAGAACAAAUAAUUACGUUGAAAGUCAGAUCUCAAUCAGAAGUGAUACAUUUUGUAGUAGUCAGAUGCCCAAUGAUGAUUUUUCUUUAGUUGAUUUGAUGAGGAGUAAGUCUCAGCCAGUAAUGGAAGAAGACGGUCAUAAAGAGGUCAAAGUAGAACGCCAUUUAUCUAGGUCUUUAGAUAACCAAAUAGACGAAACAACUGAUGAAAAUGCUGCACUUUUACCACAUGUGUCGUUAGCAUGAUAUAUUCACAUAACACAUGUUUUGAUUAAGUAUUAUUCUGCCAUUUUGUCUUUAUUCUGUACAAAUAUUCUUAUGUCAUAUUUUACAUCCACUCUAGGAGUGAGACUAUAAUAUAUUACAUUUGUCUUAUGUUACACUCAAUCUAGGAGUAGGGCUACAUUGGAAUCACAUUGUCCAUUCGUCUGUUUGUCAGAGACAUUUUUAUGCCCUAUUUAUGGGCAUUAUGUUUUCUGGUCUAACUGCAUCUGUCUGUUUGUCCGUCUGUCCCACUUCAGGUGAAAAAUUUUGGUCAGGUAGUUUAUGAUGAAGUUGAAGUCCAAUCAACUUGAAACUUAGUACAUAUGUUCCCUAUGCUAUGAUCUUGCUAAUUGUAAUACCAAAUUAGAGAUUUCCCCCCAUUUUCACUGUCCAUUGAACAUAGAAAAUGAUAGUACGGAUGGGGCAUCCGUGUACAACACAUUCUUGUUGAAUAUUGUUUUGACUAUCACUGACUAUAACUUUAUACUGUACUUAGUGUACUUCUGAUUCUAUCAAAUAAAGAUAAAUCCUAACUUUUGAAUGUAUAUUGUACCCCUAUGAUAGAAGAGGGAUGAGAUAUUUUCAUGUGUGUGUGUCUUCCUUCCAUUUCUUUUAAUCCACAUGCCUGUACCAUUUCUGGUUGAACUUGGUUAAUGGUAGUUAACCAUAAAUAUAUUGUCACAUCAACUAAAAAAAGCACACAUGUUCAUUUGAUAUAUUAAGGGGGUGGGGUAGUAGGGGUCAUAUCCCAGAAAUCCUGGGCUUAAAAACAUGAAAUCCUGAGGUCCUGAACUUAAGGAAAUUUAAAUCCUGACAUCCAAAAGGACCCAAAAGGACCCAAAAGGACCAAUCUUGAAAUCCCGAGCUUGAAAAAAACCUGAUCCCAGAGGUCCUAAGAUUUCAAAAACUCAAACCAAAGAGUGAAUAUGUGUGGACACCGCCAACAAUAAAUGUAGGAUUGCUAUGUCUGGCUUUUUCAGCAAAAGUCAAAGGCUCAACAAAAAUGUGUGAACAAAUUUCCUGAUCCUAGCUCAUGACAUAUUGUGGACAGGGUAUGAAUUGGCUUUUGGUGCAUUUGUUUAUUGUUUUGUAUACAUAAUUAUGCUUUAAUGUCAUUGUUCAUAUUUGACAAUGAAACCACUUUGUGCAAUAUUCUUUUCCUGCUUUUUUCGAUGUUAUCUAUUUUUUCUGAAUCAUGCAGUUUUCUGACUCACCUUUUUCCUAGUAUUUACAUUGGCAUCAGAGACAUCAGUAGAUUGAUUUGCUGUGCCUAAUUUGCUGAAUUUCAGUAAUAUUUACAUUUUACCAUUCAUAUCUUUUUAUAUGCAGUUAAUUUCUUGUGUUCAAUUAGUACAGAAAUGCUUUUAAAUAGCUUAUUUCUAUAGAGUAGGGACCUGUCACUCACCUGUGUUGUCAAGAUUGUAUACUCCAACUCCAAGCCCACUAGAAGUACAAUUCUAUAUUGUAGUUACUCAGACCCCAUAGAUGUUGUAGUACAGGUAUAUAAUUCUGAUGCCUACUGGAAUUUUAAAAUACUUAUAUACAAAUAUGCAUAUCUAUUAGCUCAAUGGGGGUAUCAAAAGUGGUGUAAUAAUAUAAGUACUGUGUACUGCUUUGAAAAUAGACAACUUUUGAGUUCGAUGUAUACCACCAAAAAGUUUGGUUUUAGUGAACUUCACUCAUGUGUUUAGGGGUGUCAUCACUUUUGUUAUU